AUUAACACCCUCUAAACACCACAUUCUACAUUCCUGUUCCUGUUCCUUUCUUAUUUUUCAAAAUUGGUUCUUUUCUGAGCACAAAUCUGGCCUCUAACUAUCCCUGUUGAUAUUUUGGAAUACGGGUCUGUUGUCAUGAUGAGGAGUCUCUUCUUCUGUAUCUCAGUACUGGUUGUAUUUUGGUCUGAUAGGGCUCUCUGCAAGUCAGCAUUUUCUAACAGCCCAAAAGCACACAUGCUCCUGCGUUCAAGAAGAGCCAACACUUUUAUGGAGGAAAUAAAGCCUUCAUCGUUGGAGCGGGAGUGUAGGGAGGAACUGUGCAAUUUUGAAGAAGCAAGGGAAAUCUUUAAUACGAGGGAAGCCACGUUGGAAUUCUGGAUGGCAUAUAAAGAUGGAAACCAGUGCGACUCGAAUCCAUGUGUUCAUGGGAAGUGUGUGGACCUGUUACAAGAUUACUCCUGCACCUGCAAUGCUGGAUUUGAAGGGAAACACUGUGGCCUGCGCAGGACAGCCACUAACUGCUCUGUGAACAAUGGGGAUUGUGAUCAUGAAUGUCAUGAGAGUGUGGAUGGUCUUGGUCGCAGGUGCAGUUGUAUUAAAGGAUACCAACUACAAGACAAUUCUAGAAAAUGUAUUGCCAAAAAUGAGGCUUCAUGUGGCCAGAUUCGAAUCACAAAGUCAUCCUAUAUUAAUAAGCCUUUAGUAGGUUUACAGCCGUGGGUUUUAGGAGGUACAGUUGGCAAAAAGGGAGAGAGUCCCUGGCAGGCUCUUAUACUCAAUCAUUUGGGCAAUUUUCAUUGUGGUGGAGUUCUGAUUGAUGAAAACUGGGUUCUCACUGCUGCUCACUGCCUAGAGACAAGUACAAGGUUCAGUGUCAGGCUGGGUAUGUAAGACAUUUUGGUAAAAUUUAAGUAUUUCUUCACAGUGCAAGA